CAGAUUGAUUUGAUUGGUUCCACCCAAUUGAUUGAUAACAAUUAACUGAUCAUUUGUAAGAUUAUCAGUAGGACAAAAAUAAAUGAUCAUCAAAUUAACUAAAUUAAAUCAUAACAUUCGCUAACCUAGUUAAUUAAGAGGUGACAAGUUUUUUUAUUAAUUAGUUUCUCUUUUUUUAAUUGUCGCAAGAGACAAAAUCGUCCCUUUAAUUGCUUUUGUUUAAUUGUUAAUCUCACUCGACAAGUGAGCAAUUAUCUCUGAUUAAAAUAAUUUGUUUAUUAAUCUAUUGAUUAGACUAAUUUUUAAUUCAACACCAUUAGAAUCAUUCAAUUUAUUUUAAUUGUAACUCUUUAAUCGUGUAACUAAAAUAGUGAAAUCACUUCAAUAGAUUUUGUUAUUUUUUCGUAUGAAAGUAAAAAAAAUUGUAACUCUAAUUGAUUGUGAUUCUUAAUCAAUUAAUUGCUAUUUUCUCCUAAUUGUUUUCUUACCUUGAUCUUAAUCAUGAUUGAUUCAAAUUAUCUCAAUAUUCCUGGUGACUUGGAAUUGAUUCCAAAUAAUUUACUCUACUCAUCACCACUUGAUUCGUCACCUUCAUCAUCUUUAAAUCAAUCAGAGUUUUAUGAUUACUUAGGUAAUUACGACAAUCAAAAUAAUCUCAACAACAACAAUCUAAUUGAUUUUUGCUACACCGAUUUAACCAACAAUACGGUCAAUCUAAACAAUCCCAAUCCUCUUGACCAUUACUAUGACAAUGAUUACAAUGGAGACAAUAACGAUGGUUACAAUCUGACUAAUUUAACUAAUCAAUUAGUUGAAAAUCAACCAAGUCAAUCAAUCUCAUCAACUUUUGAAGCCUUAUCACCAAUCGUUACAUCCUCAUCUUCAUUAACAAGCCAAGUUAAUCAUCGUUAUUCAUCAGGCUCAUCAAUUUCAUCAGCAUCUUUAUCGUCAACAGAUUAUUCAUCUUCUCAUCAUAAUCGUCCAUUGUCAAACACAAGCGUUGAUUCAAUUGAUGCAAAUCGUUCAAUCGAUGGUUGUAAACGAGAUCUAAUUAAGGCAACACUUAAUUUCGCAAUUAAAAGCCGUCGACGAUCAAGAGGAUUGGGUGACAUUGAAUUUAAACAUGUUAAAAAUCAAAAUCAACGACCAUCAAGUUGGGCUGAUGAAGACGACGAAAAGAAAAUGUCCCGACGAGAAAGGAAUCGAAUCGCUGCUCGAAAAUGUCGAAAAAAUCGUAAACUUAAAUACAUUGGAUUAAAUAAGACUAUGGAAAAUUUGGAUAACGCUAACAACAAUUUAAAGGAACAAUUAGAUAAAUUGGAGCGAGAAAGUGGAAAACUUGAAGAUCUAUUGACUUCACAUCGAUCACAAUGUUACCUGGUCUCGUGGUCAUCUCAGCCCAUGUUGACUUCCGCUUCCUCAUCCGUAUCAUCCUCAUCACCUAAUCAUUUGUUAACAAUUAACAACAAGAACAGCAAUUACUCACAAUCAGGUGAAUCUCAUGGAUUUAUUUCUUACAUUAAUCAAUCUCAACUCUGGCCUAAUGCAUUACAAUAAAUCGGGAUAACUGGAUUAACCGUUAAUCCAUCGUCACAUCAAUUUAAUUACUGUUUUUUUAAUGUUAAUCUAUUACUUAAAACUUGAACACGUACUCUCAGUCCAGGAUUAGGCUUUUUCUGAUUUAAUUACUCAACUCAAAUCAGUGAAAAUCUCACAACAAUUUAUUUAUCUCUAAUGUAUCUCAAUCACUGUUGAUUACCACCAACCUCUUGUACUCGUUGUAAAUUUUUCACUCAAUCAAUUAAUCUUGAUAGUUGACUAAUUGUUGUCUCACCUUUGUUUUUUUACUUGUUAAAUGAUUUCAAUAAAAUUUUGUAAUAAUUUUUACAACAAUUUUCCUAA